UCGUUCGCGACUCGCCCAUCACACCUCAUCACAUUUCGCUUCAGUAUUUUUAGAUAGACACACUGUAGCUUUUAUUUAAUUUUUUUGUUACAAAAUAAAAGAACUUCUACGCGCUGGGCUGUAGAUUUAAAAAACAAAACUUCAUGAUGUCAUGAUCAAAGGUAACAAAGUAACAAAAAAAAAACUGAACCGACAGCAGGCACCUUUUAAAAAGCCGACAAACCGGUUGGACUGCGCGCGAGACCCCGGAAGCGUCAGAGAAGGCGAGCACGCGAGGGAUGGAAGUCUGUCAUCUGUCUUCUGCUGCGUCUUAAUAUACAACAUUUUACUUUGUUAAUCAUUUUGUUAAAAACAAAAAAAAAAUCGUUGUGUGAGCGGAAUGGCUGCCUCCGCUGUCUUCAUUCUGGACCUGAAGGGGAAGGUGCUUAUAUGCCGGAACUACAUGGGUAACGUAAACAUGAGUGAGAUCGACCACCUCAUGCCUAUCAUGAUGAAGAGGGAGGAAGAGGCAGAAUUGUCACCACUAGUGAGCCACGGCUCGACUCACUUCCUGUACAUCAAACACAACAACAUCUACUUGGUAGCAGUGACUAAGAAGAAUACAAAUGCUGCUCUUGUGUAUUCUUUUCUCUACAAGCUAGUGGAGGUUUUCACAGAGUAUUUCAAGGUCGUUGAGGAGGAGAGCAUACGUGACAACUUUGUGACUGUCUAUGAGCUAUUGGAUGAGAUCAUGGAUUUUGGUUUUCCUCAGACCACAGACAGCAAGAUCUUACUAGAGUACAUCACCCAGCAAGGGCAUAAACUAGAGGUGGGAGCACCACGCCCCCCGGCAACAGUUACCAAUGCUGUAUCCUGGAGAUCAGAAGGCAUCAGAUACAGGAAGAAUGAAGUGUUCAUGGACGUCAUUGAGUCUGUCAACCUACUGGUCAGUGCUACAGGCAGCGUCCUGCGCAGCGAGAUUCUGGGCUCCAUCAAAUUGAAGGUUGUUCUCUCUGGAAUGCCCGAGCUGAGGCUAGGCCUCAAUGACAAAGUGCUCUUCGAAAUCACUGGCAGGGAGAAGAGCAAGUCUGUGGAGUUGGAGGAUGUGAAAUUUCAUCAGUGUGUGCGGCUCUCCCGCUUUGAGAAUGACCGGACCAUCUCCUUUAUUCCCCCCGAUGGAGAGAGUGAACUCAUGUCUUACCGCCUCAACACCACCGUGAAGCCCCUCAUAUGGAUUGAAAGUGUGAUCGAGAAAUUCUCCCACAGCCGAGUAGAGAUCAAAGUUAAGGCCCGUAGCCAGUUUAAGAGCCGCUCCACUGCCAACAACGUUGUUAUCCUGGUGCCCGUGCCUAGUGACGCUGACUCGCCCAAAUUUAAGACCAGCACAGGCUAUGCCAAGUGGGUACCUGAGAAGAGUGCCGUGGAGUGGACCAUCAAAUCCUUCCCAGGAGGAAAGGAGUACAUAAUGAGAGCUCAUUUUGGACUGCCAAGCGUGGAGAGUGAUGAACAAGAGGCAAAGAGACCAAUCACAGUGAAGUUUGAGAUCCCUUAUUUCACAGUGUCUGGUAUUCAGGUCCGAUACCUAAAGAUCAUUGAGAAGAGUGGAUAUCAGGCAUUACCAUGGGUGCGAUAUAUUACACAGAGUGGAGAUUAUCAGCUAAGGACAAACUGAAAGGAGUGUUCAGAGUGGGUCGGAGGAUCGCACAGGAAGUGCUGACCUUCCGUCUGGUUGUUCCAUGAAGAUAAGAGAAACAGAGAGACCGAGACAGUGUGGUGUUGUUCUCACACAACGGUCGAGCCGUUACGGCCUGUUCCUUUUACGAUUUGUGUGGGUGUGUGGGUGUGUGGGUGUGCAUCGCUCAGGUAUGUGAUCGAGUGUGUUCAGAUAAUGGUAUUGAUGAACACAAAACUAACAAUGUAGAACAAUGGAUAUUAGUCUAAUAUGGAUUUGAAAAUUUAGCUUAGUGUUGUUUUGUAUUUACUUUGUUUAUAAUUGUGGUCUGUUACGGUUCCUGUGUAAAGUUUAUAAUUUUUUUUGUAUACUGAUCAGUAAAUAAAUAUAUACAUACAAAGGGAAUUCUUACUCCUGGUUUGACUUGUGUGUGUGUGUAUGUAUAUGUAUAUAUAUAUAUAUAUAUAUAUAUAUAUAGGGUGGCACAG